AUGGUAGUGAACAAAGCUCGUGAGUACGUGGAAAAGGAAAUUACUGCAGGGAACCUGCAAGGAAAUAGAGACGAUCAUGUCCCCAUCCAGGAGCCAGAUUGGAAACCAGACCAAGAUAUGACCUCCAUCCGUGCCUAUCGAGAAUAUAUCCUCCGAGGAUUGAGAGAUGCUGUGAAAAAACCUCAAAAUCUCAGUAAGGUGUAUGAGAUUCGACAGGAGACUAAUGAGACCCCAAGUGCUUUUUUGGAAAGAAUUUACAAUACUUUCAGGCAAUACACUUGUGAGGAUCCAGAGGAUGCAUCGAACGCUCGCAUGGUAAAUAUGAUCUUUAUAGGUCAGAGUGCACCAGACAUUAGAAAGAAAUUGCAGAAGGCAGACGGAGCAACAGGUAUGCCUAUUUCCCAACUAGUAGACAUUGCUUACCAAGUAUUUACUAACCGAGAAAGUGUUCAGGAAAAGAAACAGGAUAAGAAAGAGGAGAGAAAGAUGAAAAUGCAGGCAGCCCUAGUGGCAGCUGCAAUCACGAGAAAACCUAGAGAUGAGGGAUCCUGGAGACAGCCGCAGAGACGGGGUCCAUUAGAGAAAGAUCAAUGUGCCUUUUGCAAACGAAAAGGACAUUGGAAGCGGGAAUGGCCUUAUCGAAAAGUUGGGGAAGGUGAAAAGAAAAAAGAGGAGAGCAGUGGAUUGUUCGCUUUUGGAAGGGAUUCAGAUUGA